AUGGAGCAGAGGAACCAGAGUGGGAGGGUGAGUGAGUUUGUGUUGCUGGGCUUCCCAGCUUCAGUGCCACUGCGGGCACUCUUGUUUGCCCUUUCUCUGCUGGCCUAUGUCUUGGUACUGACUGAGAAUGCACUCAUUAUCUUAGCAAUUAGGAGCCACCCCACCCUACACAAACCCAUGUAUUUCUUUCUGGCUAAUAUGUCCUUCCUGGAGAUCUGGUAUGUCACCGUCACAAUUCCCAAGAUGCUUGCUGGAUUUGUUGGGUCUGAACAGAGUCAUGGGCAGUUAAUCUCCUUUGAGGGCUGCAUGACACAGCUCUACUUUUUCCUGGGCUUGGGCUGCACUGAAUGUGUACUUCUUGCUGUGAUGGCCUAUGAUCGCUAUGUGGCCAUCUGCCAUCCUCUUCACUACCCUGUCAUUGUCAGUGGUCGGUUGUGUGUACAGAUGGCAGCUGGCUCCUGGGCUGGAGGUUUUGGCAUUUCCAUGGUGAAAGUUUUUCUAAUUUCUCAACUCUCUUACUGUGGUCCCAAUAUCAUCAACCACUUUUUCUGUGAUGUCUCCCCAUUGCUUAACCUCUCAUGCACCGACAUGUCUACAGCGGAGCUUACAGACUUUGUUUUGGCCAUUUUUAUCCUGUUGGGGCCACUCUCUGUCACUGGGGCCUCCUACAUGGCUAUCGCUGGUGCUGUCAUGAGAAUUCCUUCAGCUACUGGACGCCACAAAGCCUUUUCUACCUGUGCCUCCCACCUCACUGUUGUGAUCAUCUUCUAUGCCGCAAGUAUCUUCAUCUAUGCCCGGCCAAAGGCACUCUCGACUUUUGACACCAAUAAACUGGUCUCUGUGCUCUAUGCUGUCAUUGUUCCAGUGCUCAACCCUAUCAUUUACUGCUUGCGUAACCAAGAGGUAAAGAAAGCCCUACGUCGUACUCUGCACUUGUACCAGGACCAAGAUGCUAACCCCAAGAAAGCUAGAAGAGAUGGUUAA